GGGUGGGCAUCACCCUCUUUCCGGGUGUCCCGUCCCCCCGUCCCCCCCCCUCCCGUCUCGGCGUCAAGCCCCGACUUGUAGGGGCCGGGGAUGGGGGACAGUGUCAGAGCCCAGAUCCUGCCAGUGAAUCCCAGUGAAUCCCAUAGAGGCUGUCGGUGAGUUUGGGGUAAAACUUCGAACGUGUCCCGUGCCCCCCUGGAGCAUCCCGCGGAUCCUGGUGAUCCUCGCUAGGCAGGAAUUUCCAAUCCCGUGGAUUUCCCCUGGCAGCCAGGGAGUCCCUGCGCGGUGCCAGUUCCGCUUAGGUGCGGAGCUCCUGAAGCAACCAAAAUCUCUGACCUUCCCCUAAAAUGCAGUCCGGGAUUGCUGGGAUGCCCCGGGGCGGUGGGGAGGUUUAAAGACACAAUGAUUUACCCAAACUGCGGUGAUUAACCCCGACCCUUAAACGGCCAUGAUUUACCUAAAUACCGGCGCCGUCCUGUCGGGAGGGGACAUCCGCCACCCCCCUUCCGACACGGCCAUUGCGGCCGGGCGCGGGUCGGGCUCGGAGCACAUGCAGGGGCUCGGACAAACCGGCAGGACUGCGGCCGAGCUGCGUCCACACGCACCGGGAGGAGCAGCGACCUCGGUACCGGGAGGCUGGGAGCACUGGGAGAGGGCAGUGCGGUGUGCAGCUCCACACCGCUACGAACACUGAGUGAGCCCCGCCAGGAGCACCGGGAACACCGGCAGCAUCUGGAGCGGGGAGCCACAUCCAGCCAUGCGCUGUGCAGGGAACACCGACGGUGCCAGAGGUAGCCUCUGUCCCCGCACCGCCCCGGAGGCACCGCAGCGCCGCGGUGCCCAGCCUCACGCCGCAGGCAGGACAGCCCCGUGCCACCCCGGCCCCCGCUGCGCUGGCACUCCCGUCCUGCUGCCGUGCAUGGAACCCCCGGGCCAGUUUGACAUGUGGCGGGACUACCUGGGGCUGACGGCUGUGCUCCUCCGUGACCCUGCAGGCCUCGGGGAGCCCUCGGUGCCGCUGGGGCCCCUGUCCCCGUGCGCCGUGCCAGCUCCUUGUGCCGGGCCAGCUCCGUGUGCCAGGCCGGUUCCGUGUGCUGAGCCAGCCCCGCGUGCCGGGCCGGCUCUGUGUGCCACGCCAGCUCCACACGCCGGGCCCGUGCUGGCUCCGUGCUCGUUCUGCCAGCACAACGGGGAGGCCCCGGGCAUGUACCGGAGCCACAGCCUGCGGGACGCCCAGGGCCGCCUGCAGUGCCCGGUGCUGCGCAGCUACGUCUGCCCGCAGUGCGGGGCCACGCAGGACCAGGCCCACACGCGCCGCUUCUGCCCCCUCACGCACCACGGCUACACCUCCGUCUACUCCCGCCCGGUGCGCGCCAGGAGCGCCGGGAGAAGGCAGAGGAACGCCAGGAUGUAGCUGAGACAGCGGAUCCCCUGUCACCACGCAGGGACUUCCUCAGAGGAUGAGACCGGCGCUUCCCAUUGGGACCAGUCUCCCCAGUUUGUGCGACUUUGUGCUGCCUCCUGACACCGUGGGACCCUGGAAGAGUCGCUCCGACCAGAUUUGGGCACUGCCAGCGGGGCCAGUUCUGUGCUUUGUGUUACGUUUGAGUUUUGAGUUCUGAGUUUUGGUUAAUCCCAGGCUGGGAAGGUGCUUCAGGGGCUGGAGCCAUUACCAGAUGUUCUGGGUCGGAUUGCUGAGUUUUGGUUAAUCCCAGGCCAGGAAGGGGCCAGUGCUCUGGGUGUUGGAGCUGUUACUGGAUGUUUUGGGUUGGAUUGUGAAUUUUGGUUAAUCCCAGGCCAGAAAGGGACUGGGAGGGGGCCGGUGCUCCCAAUGUUGGAGCCUUUAUCCCAGCACCAGAGCCGUUACUUAGCGUUUUGGAUGGGUUUGGUGGGAUUUGUUGACGGCGGGAAGAGCCCAAUAGUCAGUGCUGGAACCGUUAUCCAGAUAAAGGGUGGUUUAUUCCCGUUGUUUCCAUCAAUAAAUGGUUAUUUCUGA